GAGCAUCAGCCUCGGACUCUUUUCAUUUCCUCCUCAAGAAGAAACCAACAAGAAGAUGUCUGAAGGUGUUUGUGUUGUGGGUUCGUUGUUUGGUUCUGCAGUGGGACAACAAGAAUGUGAGUCCUGUUACCUUAUAAACAUGGGGUCUGUGGUGGGCAUUAUUGCCUCUGACCUUAUCUUGACCAUCUUCAUCGCUGUCUCCGUGUUCUUCUUCGCGACUUAUCACAGGAGGAGGAGAGAGUGGGCUUCUCCUGAUGGAAGAAGAAACCUGCCGUCAUCUGUAUCAAAGAAAAAUGCAGCAGAGGUACCAGAAUCUCCCUACCAGGAGUUACAUGGAGCCCAGUCAGAUGUGUACAGUGAGCUUCAGCACUUUAGGAAAUGAAACAGAGGAGAAUAAACUCCCAACAAAGUUGUAACUAUUUUCAAAAGCUAUGAGCACAAUAUACUACACACUCCCUUGCACAAAUCUUAAUUUUCCACACACACUUCUGCAGCAUUAUAGGUAAUAACACAAUUACAUAUUAUU